AUGCGAUGCGCGAGCAAGGCCGCCGAGAGCGCGUCUGCACGUCUCUGUGCGGACGCCGAAGCAGAAACAACAGCAACUGAUUUCCCAUCGGUUGCUGAAGCGACCCAGCCUGUGUCACUUGGUGAUGCAGGCGCUGGUCAUGAAGACACUCGUGUCUUCACAGAGUACGAGCUCGGUGUCUCGUACUCUCCUGAUACGGAUGACGGAUCCGUAUCGACGGCGAUUGAAUCUAAGCCGCCAGCCAAGCGUGGCGUGGACGAUGCUUUGCGUAGCAGCAUCUUUGGUUCAUCUGAUGAAUCAGAUGAACCAUCGCCGAAGCGAAGGCGCUCGAGGUCGCGAGACUCGGGCGCUAAUAGUGGUGUCGGUUCUCCUAUGGACACCACUUCACAGCGAGGUGCCAGUACUUCUGUCGGCACGUCGCAGGAAGAGCGGGACCGCAAUGUGUUGCGUCUCGCUCCUGAGAAGAAGGCAUGGAUGCCUCCUAAAUCAGUCAUGGAUCACUUGUCGGCGACGACGAGUGAUCGUUAUCGAACACGAUUGUUCGAUUCGUCAAGGAUCCAUCACCUUGACCCCAGCGCGAAAAACUAUCGCGCUGAACAUGAAUUCUUCAUCGAUGCUUUCUUUAGACAUCGAUGGUACAGUGGGAAUCACAAACGUGAUGGUCCCUCACUACUUCAGGCGUGGAACGCCUACAUCCAUAACCUCGAGGAUGUAGGUCGUGACGCUUGGAACGACAAACUUAUCAAAGCUCGUGAUAAGUUUGAAAAGUGA